CCACUACACUGCUUCAAGUCUUCCCGUCAGAUGUGAACCGAAAUGCGAAAACCAAACCGAUAGACAGGCCAGACAAUAACCCAAACAAGCAGCAGAUACACCGCAGCCACCUAUCAUGCCUACGCGAACCUCGACGAGAUCGACGCGGUCGUCGGCGGCAGGCGGCACUCGCGCAUCCACAGCAUCGCGCGCAUCUUCGGCCAACAUCGACGUACCCGAGGAAACGCCCGACAACGCGCUGCGCACCCAGAUUACAGCCGUCUUUCGCGAUGCCCAGCGCACAACAGCAUCCCACCGCAAACUGGCCGUCACGCUGCGCAAGAUCCAGGAAGCAUGCUGCUACGAACCGACAACGGCCAAAAAGUCGGCCACCGCCGCUGCGGCGUCCGAAUUCGACGAGGACGACUUCAACACCGAGUUUGUGCGCUGCGUGAUGCGCGUGAUGCCCAUCAAGAAGACCGAGAGUGUUGGCGAGAAAACGAUCCGCUUCAUCGGCCUGUUUCUGCGCCAUGCCGUCGACAAGGACACGGAAAACCUCGGGGAGGCCGACGCGGAUGCUAGUACCAUGCCCGAGACUCCCGGCACCCGCCUGACGAAUUUUCUGAUGGAGAGCAUUCUGCCGCUGCUGACGGCCAAGGACAAAUUCGUGCGCUACCGCUCGACCCAACUAAUCUCGCACAUCAUUAAUUCGCUCGAUGCGAUCGACGAUGACCUCUUUCAGAAGCUGCGAUCGGGAUUGCUGAGGAGGAUCCGUGACAAGGAGGCAAUGGUGCGUGCUCAGGCCGUCCUGGGGCUGGGGCGUCUGGCUGGGAAUCCUGUCGAUGCCGAGCCGGACUCGGACGACAGCGACGACGAUGCUUCAAGCGGUCUGUUAGAGAAGCUGUUGGAGGUGUUACAGAACGACCCCAGUGCUGAUGUGAGGAGGUCACUGCUGGUAAACCUGCCCAUUCUCCCGACUACGCUGCCGUUCCUCCUAGAGAGAGCGAGGGAUCAAGACGCCGCAACCCGGCGUGCCGUCUAUUCGCGGCUGCUCCCUGCCUUGGGUGACUUCCGCCACCUCUCGCUAUCAAUGAGGGAGAAGCUGCUGCGGUGGGGGCUGAGGGACAGAGACGAGAACGUUCGCAAGGCGGCCGGCCGCUUGUUCCGCGAGCGAUGGAUUGAAGACUGCGCAGGCAACCGGGCUCGAACCGAAACGGGCCAGGCGGCCGAAAUGUCGCCGCCGAAUCUCGAUGCGCUACUGGAGCUUUUGGAACGUAUUGACGUGGUCAACUCCGGAGGCGAGAAUGGCAUUGCUCUCGAAGCCAUGAAAGGUUUUUGGGAGGGCCGGCCUGACUACAGAGAGGCAAUGAACUUCGAUGAUAACUUCUUCGAAACCCUUACUGCCGAGUCCGUCUUUGUCGUGCGGACCUUCAACGACUUUUGUCGGAACGAGGGUAACGGGAAAUUCGAGGCCCUCAUCGAGGAAAAGCUGCCCGAGGUUACAAAGCUGGCCUUCUAUCUGGAGCGAUACAUCAAGGUCCUGAUCGACGCCAUCAAAAGGGCGGAGGAACAAGAAACUGAGGAAGAUGAAGAGGAGGAGGACACAGCGGAGCAGGAAGUCAUAGUAGAGCAGCUGCUUCACAUUGCCCUCACUCUCGAUUACUCCGACGAGGUUGGACGCCGCAAGAUGUUUGCCCUUCUCCGCCAGACACUGUCCAUUCCAGAACUGCCCGACGAGGUGACCAAGCUCACAGUUGAUGUGCUCCGGGACCUCUGCGCUCCCGAUGCGGCUGGCGAGAAGGAGUUCUGCAGCAUUGUCCUCGAGGCUGUUGCUGAUGUGCAUGACACCAUCGUCGAUGACCUGCCCAACGACGAUAACGAGAGCUUCGUCUCGGCUAGAUCCGAGGUCAGCGGCGACAGCACCCCCACUAGGCACGUAAAGAGUAAGACUCCCGAGCUUUCAGAGGAGGAGGCUGCCAAGAAGGCCAUCAAGGAGAUCAUGAUCAACAUGAAGUGUUUGCACAUUGUGCAAUGCAUGCUCUCCAAUGUGUCUGGCGACCUGCAGCAGAAUGAUCUCCUUGUGGGCAUGCUCAACAACCUUGUCGUUCCCGCGGUUCGAAGCCAUGAAGCUCCAGUGCGUGAGCGAGGCCUCGUAUGUCUGGGCCUGUGCUCCCUCUUGGACCGGUCACUGGCUGAAGAGAACCUCACCCUCUUCAUGCACUUCUUCAGCAAGGGCCACACGGCGCUGCAAAUCACAGCAUUGCACAUUUUGACCGACAUACUGAACGUGCACGGCGCGCAGCUCAUGUCGUCCAACCCGACGUUGCUGAAGGUUUACAUCAAGGCGCUGCGUUCGGGAGCCAAGCAUCCCGAGGUGCAGGCCGCCGCCACGGUGGCCGUGUCCAAGCUGCUCUUGGGCCGCGUCAUCAGCGAUCGCGAAGUCUCGGCUGAGCUGCUCAAGACGCUUGUUAUAGCCUACUUCGAGCCCGCCAGCGCCGGCAACCAGAGUGUGCGCCAGGCGCUCAACUAUUUCCUGCCCGUGUUUUGCUACUCGCGCGCCGAAAACCAGGACCUUAUGCGCUCCGUUGCCUUGGACGCCCUGCAUACGCUGUACAACGUCCGCGAGGGCUUUGACGAUGAAGACGCGGAUAUUGACGACGAGAUGGUUUCUCUGUCUACCAUUGCCGCAUGCCUCGUCGACUGGACAGAUCCGAGAAAGUGCUACUCCCCCGGGGCUGGUUCCCUUGAUACCGAAAAGAAGAAUGUAAACGGAGAUGUGCACUUGGACUUCGCUAGGGACAUUUUAGAGAGGCUGAGUGGGAAUGCGCCGAAGGAAGAGAAGAAAACCAUCGCCGCCCUUUUCGGGAAGCUGUACGUCUCCCCGGCCUCGUCCGAGGACAAGAUCAGGGAAGUAUACGCGCUUGUGUGCGACGCUGUCGAGAACCAGCUCCUGUCCGACGCAACGAGCCGCAACUCCCUCUACAAGAUCCACGUCAGCCUCGGCAAGAUUGUCAACAACCUUGAUGCUGCCGCGGAAGCCGCCGCGGGCGGAAAGUUCCGUCGGAGCGUGAGCCGAGCCAGCUCGGUCGGGCUGGAAGACCGGGGGCCGGCCGAAGACAAGACAAUCGUGCAGCAUGAGGCGCAGAUCAAGGAGGAGGAGGACGAGGACGACGAGGGCAUGGACACCAGCGGCGGCACGGUUAUACACAAGUCUGAGGAGCAGUCACGGGAGCAGUCAAUUGUUGACGACCUGCUUUCCGAGGAGGAGCUGUGAUGAAUGCUUCAUGAUAUGUUAGAUUUAUGCGUACUUUGUAUGACAAGGCGGACGGGUUUAGUUACUACGUUGCGGGGGUAUACGGGUCGAUUCUUUUAUGAUGCUUCAUGUCUGGUUACGCCCAAGAUUCAAUGCACGAUACCAUGCUGUACCACUCAUGUGUCCUUUAUCUAUCUUCCAAUUGCCUAUAAACCUA